CAUCUCCCCCGGGGCCCUCUGUCCAGGCCCAGGCUGAACCUCUUGCCUACCUUGCCCGCCUGGCCUGGGCCCAGCCAAUCCCCAUUCUGCCCCCUUACAAACAGUGUCCCUGACACGGUGCGGAUUCUGGGCAGCCUGCUGGUCAUCCUGCUGCUGUUUGCCCUGACAGCAGCAUUGGUCAAGGUGGACAUGAGCCCUGGGCCUUUCUUCUCCAUCACCAUGGCCUCUGUCUGGUUCAUCAACUCCUUCUGUGCAGUUCUGCAGGGCAGCCUCUUCGGACAGCUAGGCACCAUGCCUUCCACCUACAGCACCUUCUUCCUCAGUGGCCAAGGACUGGCUGGGAUCUUUGCUGCUCUUGCCAUGCUCAUGUCCAUGGCCAGUGGUGUGGAUGCCCAGACCUCUGCCCUGGGGUACUUCAUCACGCCCUGUGUGGGCAUCCUCAUGUCCGUCCUGUGCUACCUGAGCCUGUCCCACCUGGAGUUUGCCCGCUACUACCUGGCCAAGAAACCAUCGCAGGCGCAAGGGCAGGAGUUGGAGACCAAAGCUGAGCUCCUCCAGCCUGAUGAGAAGAACGGGAUUCCCAACAGCCCCCAGAAGGUGGCCCUGACUCUGGAUCUUGAUACUGAGAAGGAGCCAGAGGAGCCCCAGCAGCCAAGAAAACCUUCAGUUUUCAUUGUCUUCCAAAAGAUCUGGCUGACGGCGCUGUGCCUCGUGUUGGUCUUCACGGUCACCCUGUCUGUCUUCCCCGCCAUCACAGCCAUGGUGACCAGCUCUGCCAGUCCUGGGAAGUGGAGUCAGUUCUUCAACCCCAUCUGCUGCUUCCUUCUCUUCAACAUCAUGGACUGGCUGGGACGGAGCCUGACCUCUUACUUCCUGUGGCCAGAUGAGGAUAGCCGGCUGCUGCCCCUGCUGGUCUGCUUGCGUGUUCUCUUUGUGCCACUCUUCAUGCUGUGCCACGUGCCCGACAGGUCCCGGCUGCCCAUCCUCUUCCCGCAGGACGCCUACUUCAUCACUUUCAUGCUGCUGUUUGCUGUUUCCAAUGGCUACCUGAUGUCCCUCACCAUGUGCCUGGCGCCCAGGCAGGUGCUGCCACAUGAGAGGGAGGUGGCUGGCACCCUCAUGACCUUCUUCCUGGCCCUGGGGCUGUCCUGCGGAGCCGCCCUCUCCUUCCUUUUCAAGGCGCUGCUCUGAAGUGCUCUGUCCAGGGCUCCCCUGCUGCCCUCUUCUCUGCCCACCGUGGAGCUGGGACCCAGCACAGGGAGAAUGGAGAGCCAGGCUCAAUCUGGGCUGCAGCCCCUUGGUCUGGGGCUGGCUGGAGGAGACGGGUGCUGCUCUCUGUCCCCGGCUGGCAGCCCCUCGGGUUGCUGCAGGGAAAAAUUCACUACUGGUCAUUCCCUUGCCCAGGAUUGGGGCUGACUGGUGCAAGACAGGCUGUCUUGACAUGCACAAGAGCUCAUUGGCAAGGUGCCGACUGGGGAAGAGAGGCAUGGUGCAUCCUCACCAUGAGGAGUGCAUUUGUGAAUCGCAACAAACCCACUUGCUAAUCGUCGGAGAUCCGAGAUCACCAGUGGAGCCUUGCCAAGGGUGUGGGUGGUGUGGCCCCAGCAUCAGGUUCUGAGUGGGAGUGGGCACCAGCCCAGAGCAGGAGCUCCUUCUCCCCAGGCCUCAGCAAUCCCAGGGUCAAGUCUCUCAGACCCCAGGACAGAGGAUGCCAGGGAAGUUGAGGGGAACAGGGAGAAAGAACAGUUGUUAGGGAUCUGAGGGUGCUCAAGGGAGCCUCUGGGCCUCAAACAGUGUCUUUGUUGCCAACACCGCUGUCUCCAAUCCCUAGAGCCCAGCUGGGCCUGGGCCCAUGAACUGCAGGCAGCCUGCAUGUGUGCACUGCACUUCACAGUCUUCAAAGCUCUUCCACACUUGCUCUCUCACUGAAGCCGCGCUGAGGUCCUUGGAGAGAGCCAGGCAGGGAUGGGGCUUCCCUUUGUACAGGUGAAAAAAUUGAGUCCCCCAGGGAAGUGACUGGUUUUUGGCAGAGCCGGGACCCUGCUCCCUGCAGGUGCUGUUCUUGCCUGCUCCCUGCUUCUCUUCUCAAAGGGCUCAAGGCAGGAGCCCUAAGCCCUUCACCUCCUUUGCUGUUUCCCCCUCUGACCCUGCUCCUGGGUCUAAUAACAACCUUCUUCAUUUGUA